CAGCGCCGAUGCUUGGAUACUCGAGCGAGAGAAACGAAUGUCACGACAGCGGCGCGAGUUGGCACGCGGUUGCCCGCGAUACGAGACCCGCGCUCACAGAGUUCCAGACUCGGCCGCGGUGACGAGAGAGCACGAAAGGGAGGACGCGCCCGUCGUACGGUGCGCAUCAAUGGCGGCCGCCGACCCUUAUUUACCAAAGUCCUCAAAAUGGCCGCCCUUCGGAUCCUCGCACGUGGUAGCCACGCGUCGUUGACGACCUCGCGAGUCGCACCCCUAGUGCCCCAGAUUCAACACAGAUGGGGUAGUUACAAAUCAGCCCCCAAAUAUACAAAGCCUGAAAAUUAUACCGAUUACGAGGUAACCAACGAUCCAAACCAAUGGAAAUACGUAGAGCGUCUACUCCGAUAUAAACUCGUACCUAAACCACCUACUGGAGAUAUCGAGCUCCCGUCAGGUUAUAAACCAGCAUCCGCUUCACCUACGGAUUGCUCUUAUUUCAUCGAACGUACCAGAAAUUACAUGCAGCCUGUGUAUUUGCUUAGAAAUCCCAGAGGGACUAAAAAAGUUACAAGAAUCAGUAAAAUUCAAGGAGAUAUAUGGGCACUGGAACGCGACAUGAAACAAUAUGUAGAGAAAUGUAUGGGGAAAAAAAUGGCUAGUCAGAUACAUGAAUUUUCAGGUGUGAUUAAAUUUAAAGGUGACGUUGUUAGUCGCGUUAAAGAAUGGCUGGACAUGAAAGGCUUCUAAGAAUCAUUAUUUCUCUAAGAAAUUAUACAUUGUAAAUAAACAUUGAAUCUGUGUUACGAAA